CAUGGACGUCGCCACAUCAUCAACGUGACCACAUUAAAUCUUGUUUAUUAUUUUAAUUACUCGACAAGCAACAUAUUUUCACCAUUUCUCUUUUUUGUUUAAGUCCCACUGAAAAGUUCACAUAAGAUUAGUUUGCUUGCGAAAUUAGUCUUCAAUAUAAGUUUUGUCGUGCGGUCUGUUGCAAUCACGUGACCAGAAACUUCCUCUUCUUGCCUUUAAUUUUAAAGCUUCAUUGACACACUAUCACAGUAAACGUUUGCAGCAUCAGUAUCAAGAUGAGCGCACCGGCAGCUCCACAACCAACAUCUGGAACCCAGAGGGGUAUUGUUAAACAGGUUUUAUCUGGUGAUGCUGUUGUUAUCAGAGGUCAGCCAAGAGGAGGACCACCUCCAGAAAGGACAAUAUGUUUUUCAAACAUCAUGGCUCCUAAACUGGCCAGAAGGGCUAAUCCAAACACUGAGGGAGCAGAAACAAAAGAUGAGCCAUGGGCAUGGGAAGCUCGUGAAUUUUUAAGAAAGAAAGUGAUAGGAAAAGAAGUUGCCUUUACUGUAGAGUAUACAGCACCUGGUUCUGGUAAAGAAUAUGGAUGUGUCUACUUAGGAAAGGAUACUUCUGGUGAAAAUCUAACUGAGGCCAUGAUAAAGGAAGGACUUGUUGAGGUUAGGAAAAUGGGAUUGAAAUCAGAUGACCCCAAUCAACAAAGAUUGGUACAAUUAGAAGAAGCAGCUAUACAGGGUAAGAAAGGAAAACAUGGUGAGAGUAAAGAUUCAGAACAUGUUCGAGACAUCAAAUGGGUUAUUGAAAAUCCUAGAAACUUUGUGGAUUCUCAUCAUAAUAAACCAAUUGAUGCUGUAAUUGAACAUGUAAGAGAUGGCUGUACAGUCAGAGCCUUCUUAUUACCAACAUUUGAGUAUGUCACAGUUAUGUUAUCUGGAAUCAAGUGUCCUAUGUUCAAACAAGAUGGUACAUCAGAUCCAUUUGCAGCAGAAGCUAGAUAUUUCACUGAAUCCCGAUUGUUACAGAGAGAUGUCCAGAUCAUACUUGAAGGAGUUUCUAAUGCUAACUUGUUAGGAACAGUAAUACAUCCAAAUGGUAAUAUUGCUGAAGUUCUGUUAAGAGAAGGUUUUGCCAGAUGUGUUGAUUGGAGUAUGGGUGUUGUAACAAAUGGAUCAGAGAAAUUAAGAUCCGCAGAAAAAGUUGGCAAGGAAAAGAAAUUAAGGAUUUGGAAAGAUUAUACCCCAUCAACUAAUUCCAUUAACAUCAAAGAUAAAUCUUUCACUGGAAAGGUUGUUGAAGUUAUUGGUGGUGAUGGUAUGAUGAUAAAACUGGAUAAUGGAACUAAAAAGAUAUUUUUAUCAAGCAUUAAACCACCAAGAGCCUCUCAAAACCAGGAUGGUGAAAAUAAAGAUCCUAAACAGAGAUCAAGACCACUCUAUGAUGUUCCUUAUCUAUUUGAAGCUCGAGAAUUUUUAAGAAAGAAGCUCACUGGUAAAAAGGUAAAUGUUGAAGUUGAUUAUAUUCAGCCAGCUAAUCAAGGUUUCCCUGAAAAAACUUGUUGCACAGUAACUAUAGGAGGAAUAAAUGUUGGUGAAGCUCUGAUUAGUAAAGGAUUAGCUACAGUUAUUAGAUAUAGACAAGAUGAUGAUCAACGUUCAGCUCAUUAUGAUUUACUCCUGGCUGCUGAAGCUAGAGCUCAGAAGAAAGCUGUAGGUUUACAUGCCAAGAAAGAUGCUCCAAUUCACAGAGUAGCUGAUGUAUCAGGGGAUAUCACGAAGGCUAAACAAUUUUUACCAUCAUUACAACGAGCUGGUAAAAUUGAGGGCUUAGUUGAAUUUGUUGCCAGUGGAUCAAGAUUACGCCUGUAUUUACCUAAAUCUACCUGUUUAAUAACAUUACUUGUAUCAGGUAUUGACUGUCCAAGAGGAGCCAGACCACAAGGAGGUGUAACUGUACCAGCUGAUCCUUAUGGAGAGGAAGCCUUAGCAUUUACUAAGGAAAUGUGCAUGCAACGAGAGGUUAUGGUAUCAGUUGAAACAAUUGACAAGGGAGGUAAUUUCAUUGGAUGGUUAUUUGUGGAUGAUGUUAAUUUAUCUAUAAGUUUAGUGGAAGCCGGUCUAGCCAAAGUACAUUUCACGGCUGAAAGAAGUAAUUAUUAUAGACAAUUACUAUCAGCAGAAGAAAAAGCUAAGAAAGAAAAAUUAGGUUUGUGGCAACACUAUGAAGAACCUAAAGAGGAAGAAGUUAAAGAAGAACCAGCUGAUAGGAAGAUUAACUAUACCACUAUAGUUGUUACAGAAAUUACUGAUCAACUAUCAUUCUUUGCACAAAAUAUUGACAAUGGUCCACAAUUAGAGAAAAUGAUGGAACAACUAAGAAAUGAUAUGGAGACCAAUCCACCUUUACCUGGUGCUUAUAAACCUAAAGUUGGAGAUCUGUGUGCAGCUAAAUUCUCUUUAGAUGGCCAGUGGUACCGAGGUAAAGUUUUAAAGGUAGAUGGUGGUAAAGUAACUGUCAAAUUUAUUGAUUAUGGCAAUAGAGAGACCGUAGCAUCUUCGGAUGUAGCUUCAAUACCAUCAAGUUAUGAAGCUUUCUCACCUCAAGCUACAGAAUAUAGUUUAGCCUGUGUAGCAGUACCUACUGACGAAGAUUCUAAGAGAGAUGCUGUUGAUGCUAUGUUCAACGAAAUGGCCAAUAAACAGUUUUCACUAAACCCUGAGUACAAGAUAGCUGGCAGUCCAGAGUACGUGUCAUUACAAUAUCCAGAUAGUAAAGAGGAUGUUGCUCAGUCUUUGAUAUCUCAAGGUUAUUUAUUAGCCGAGAAAAGACGUGAACGCAGAUUGGCUAAGAUGGUCUCUGAUUACUUCAAAGCUCAGGAUAAGGCCAAGUCUGAAAGGCGUAAUCUAUGGCGUUAUGGAGAUUUCACAGAAGAUGAUGCUAAAGAAUUUGGCUAUAAAAAAUAAAAAACACCAAACCUGCUGAAUUUACACAAGUGGAAGUUAGGAUAUAUUUAAUCAAUUUAAAUGAUGAAAAUAAACGAAAAACAAAACUUUUAUAUGAAAUUUGAAGAUAAUUCAUUCAGGAAAUGUAUCUUUACAAUUUGUGGCCUUUUCACAUAUACUAGUCAUUCAUUCAAAUUAAAUGAAAUUUUAUGUAAAAACCGUGUGAAAGUCUGGACAUGAGAAGUCAUAUUAAAAGGCAUUAUUUAUGAAGUGAAAAGUGCUAUCUAUACAUUCGUUCAUAUUGGUCUUCCAUAUUUUCAAAUAUUCAACAAAUCAUCAACAUGGAACAAGAUUUUUUCCUGAAUGUUUUAUUAUUGGUGUGGGUUUAUCUGUCUUCAAUCUUGUUAGAUCAGAAAAUUUCUCCAGAUAUUUUCUUUUUUAUUUAAAAAUUGUACAUAGUAUUUUAUUAUCAAAAGUAAUAUAUAUUUGUAGAUAUGAUUUCGAAUUUGAGAUUUAUGCCAAAGUCAUUGUAAUAGUGGUACUGGCUUACCAAUUUGUAUAUUAUAUUAAUUAAAAUAGUCAUAAUUAAUUAAGAAAGAAUACAAUUUUUAUUUAUUAUAAAUGUUUAUAUCAAUAAAUGUUAUAAGUCUUUCUAGGGCAUUAUGACAGAAAGUAUAUUAUUAACAAUGGUCAUGUCUAUUCGAAUUUGAAGAAAUCUGAUUGGUUAAAUUUUUGACUUUAAAAUAUACACCAAUCAGAGGAGAGGUCUAAGUAUUGAAUUUAAAAAUGCAAGAUAUGAUAUAUAUGUGUUAUGCUUUCUUAUCAGUAUUGAUAUGUAAGUAUCACCAGCUGUCCUGAUGGGGAUUUUAUAUCUGAAACUUGUUGGCAGCAUUAAAUGGACCUAACUAAUUUAAGUUAUGCUCAAGACAAUGAAUUAUUCUUACUUAACAUUGUUCACUCUGUUACUUUUUUUUUUUAUAUAUUUUCUGAUCUAACAAGUCUGAAUCUAAUGCAAGUCAAAUCAAAUAAACUUAUCUUCAUCUUA